CUUAAUAUACACAGACAAGUUUUAUGAUUAAUAUUCAAUAUCGAACAUUGGAAUACAAAUAUUAAGAUGGUCAAAUAAAGAUAGUGCACUGAUGUGAAGGAAAUUUUGUAUCAAUAUAACAGAGUUCAUUUGGCAUCCAAAUUUAUUUUUAUUUUUCUCUAAUAAUUAUAAAAAUUGUGACAGUUUGAACAAAUAAAAGAUUUAAAUAAGGUACAUGCUGAAUUUUGAAAAUAACUGUUAAGCCAAAAAUAUACGGAAAAAUAUGUCUGAAAAAAAUAACGGAAACAAGAAGUCCACUGUUACUCCGGUGGAGGAGAUUGAGAUGGAAAAUGUUUGUGCCAUGAGACCAGGCCAUGAAAACAUGCUGGACAACCUUCCAUGUUGUGGGAAACUGCGGGAGAAGUUCUACUUUAAGGUGCUGGUCUUUAUGAUGGUGUUAUUGCUCGAUGCCGCUGACCUUGUAAGUGACUGGCUGUUGUUUCAUGAUGUUAUCAUGACAAAGGAGGGGCUAGUUUAUGGACCGCCAGAGGAUGCAUUAAAAUACUCCCUGCUGGUGUUCUCCAUUAUAGGAACAAUAACAUUUGCAUUUGAAGUUGCAAAUCUGUGGUGGGAAGUGUUCCGCAAAAACCCUUGGUUAGACAUUGACUUGCUGUCUGCCAUUAUAGUCUGGAUAGAGGAUGUCCCUCAAAUUGUGAUCAACGUUUUUAUAGUUGCAUGUCGUGAAGAAGCGAUCAGUUACUUCCAGCUUGUGAAGGCUUCUGUGAUUAUUGUUGGGGUUGUUGUACGAAUCAUUGUGAGUUUGGUCAGGUAUUGCAGCAAGAAUGCCCGCCAUGACCUUCAAUGUGCAAAGCAGAACAAGGACUCCUGCCGCCACGUUGUAUACCGGUCAUUCAUCAUGAUUGGGUUGAUAAUCACUCUAGGAGGAGCUAUUGUGAUCUUCAUGUUCACACAGUCAGAGAGAAACCCCGACGGGAGUCUUAACUUUAAGAUACCACACAGUGUAAUAGAAGGAGAGUAUGAUGAUGAGAAAUAUUUCUCAAAUGUCAGUGUUUAUUUCAGCCAUAAAAUGUUAGAUGGGACUGGUUCCAAACUGACCCUUAGUGAUGCCAAUAUUCUACGUCUUGUGAAAAUCGACCACAUCAAAAAUGAAGACUAUGACCUCAGUAUUAAUGUGUCAAUCAAAGUCCAAUCCAGCCAAACAGAGUACAAAAUAGAUGGUGCUAAUCCUGUUACAGAGUGUUUCACUUUAAAUAAAAACAGCGACCAAAUAACAAUUCAAGAUCCAUGCCCAGCCACUCAUGCCUCACCACAUUCAGAUAAAUUCUACUUCACUUUUCACUACACCAAACCUUCAGUUCCAAGCCUUAUUUUUGGUGACAUUACAUUCAACUUGAAGACCAGCAAAGGAAAUGGAAAUUGCCAAUCCCCAGAUUUCACAAUCGACAACAGCGUAGUAGGGCAUACAAAAAACAUUGAAACAGCAGCCCUUCAUUACUACAGGGCCACAGUGGAUGUUUCAGACAACUACCAUAUUAAGCGAGAUGGUAAGAACAUUGGCAAUUUCUACCAUCCCAGAGACCUCACUGACAUAACGUUAGUCUGGAAGACUGGGUUUGCCUACUGUUCCAGCAGCGGUAGUCUGGCACCACACAGGGACAAUGACCUGCAGGUCAACUGCUAAAAACGUCAAAGAGCACUGACGAAGCAAAACUGGAUUAAAUUUUAACCAGAAUGAGGCAUUUUCCCAAUCAGAUACCCCAGCCCCAUAAAUGGUGAGGAAAAAAACAUGGACAUACACCAAAACUGUAGCUGUCACAACCAUGAGAGCCACCACACAGGUUACUGCUGGAGGAUAAAGUCAUCCUUGUAUGUCAGGCGUGUGUCACAGGCGACACAAAAUUGCAUU